AUGGAGGCUAUGGACGGCAAGAAUUUGGACGGACAGACGCUGACUGUGAGCAAAGCUGGGCCAAAACCAACCUAUCGACCUACGACGGAUCCCAACGAGAACUUCAAAAAGGUCCUGAUGACUACGCAAACUGAGCGUGAGAACGUGCGAUAUCGCAAAGAUGUGGAGAAGGCGGCCGAGAAGCUGCGCCCCAAGAGCAGGAGUCGCAGUGUCAGAAGACGCUCUCGACACAGCCAAUCUCGCAGUCCGCCGAGAAGAAAAAAGAAAAGCCGAGAGAGAAGUUUGCGUCCAUCACGGCGAAAAGGGCCAAGUGCAAGUCGCAGUCGCAGUGGCUCACCACGUCGCGGACGGGGUCCUGCCCAAAAGAGAGGGCGGAGCAGCCGAAGCAGAAGCUAG